AGGAGAACGAGGAAUUUUCUCACGUGACGAACAACCACCAUUUCCCCACUCUGAUUCGCUGGUUUAGCGGGCACAAUCCGCCUUUCCACCCACACAAAAUUUCCCCAAAUCUCGAAAUUCCUCUUCCUAUUGUGAGAUCCUCAUCGCAACACCCGACAACACCGCAAAAAUGGUCUCCCAGCGUGUCACUUACCGCCGCCGCAACGGCUACAACACCACCUCCAACCGAACCCGAGUCAUCAAGACUCCCGGUGGUGACAUCCGUCUGCUUCACAUCAAGAAGCGCGGCACUGUUCCCAAGUGCGGUGACUGCGGCUCCAAGCUGUCUGGCAUCCCCGCCCUCCGACCCCGCGAGUACUCCCAGCUCUCCAAGCCCAAGAAGACCGUCCAGCGCGCCUACGGUGGUUCCCGAUGCGGUGGCUGCGUCCGUGACAGAAUCGUCCGAGCUUUCCUCAUUGAGGAGCAGAAGAUCGUCAAGAAGGUGUUGAAGGAGCAGGAGCAGAGCCAGAAGAAGAAAUAAAUGCAAUUUCCAUUGCCGGAUUUGGCUUUCUGCGUGGGAGGGCAAGGAACUCUGGGGACUCGGUUCAUUGCUUUGGUGUUCAUUAGGGCAAAAGGGACUGCAUGAUACAUCGGGACCGGGCCAAGAAUGGCUGGUUGUCUGCCGUCUUAAGGACUGCUACUUUCCUCUUGGU